AUGACAAUUGGGAUGAGGGUAGCAGAGACAACUGAAAAAGGCAUGCAAUAUGAGGUCCUUAAGUCUCCAUCGGCGUGCCUAUACCCUCCCCAUGGUGCGGAGCUCGUGAUGAUACGGCCGAACAAGUCCCAACUACUAUUCGAGGACUUCAUGAUCCAGCAAGGCGCGCCUUGGACGGAGUUCCUCAAGCCUCGAGGAAAAGGCAAGACAAAGCUCAAUUCCGUCUGCGUCAUCACCAAGGUCUACCUUACCACCUCGUGGGCUAUUGCGUCAUCCGAAACUGCAGAACCGGGAUCGACAGUGACGCUGAUCCACAACGAGUCUGAUCCUGAAGUCCUCCGCUGGGAAGACUCCCCCGUGGACAUCAAAACCUAUGUGUCCCCACCGAGAGAGAGUAGCCCCGAAGACGGCACUCCUGCGAGGCCCACGGAGUGCAUUGCCGUUGGCGGAUACAAGCUCGACCCUCCAGGCCAGUUCAUUCAAAGCUUGACAGACAUUAGGCAGGGUGUCCGGAGUUCCAUGAAUAAGGGUGUGUAUGUGACAUCGAUGUUCGAAAGGUUCUAG